AUCAACUGUCUCCGCCCUGGAAUCUCUCAUCCCUCCAGAUUCCAAGCCUCCUCCACCAUCCCCCGCUGCGGAUAGAAACCUCGGCAUGUCUUCCAGGCUCUGCUCCUCAAAGCCUCUGGAUCAUUCCUCUAUCACAAGUUUUUCUAGUCUGAAAAGGGCAAGUGGGGUGGCAUGGAGAGGACGUUGCAUUAGAUAGCAUCUAAUGUGCCUGUCCAGCGCUAAAUGUGAUCCUCUGAUUUGGCAAGGACACUGGCGCUCCAGUCUGGAAUACCUGGGAUCAAAUACAGCCACAGCCACCCACUAACUGUAUGAUCUCUGGCAAGUCCCUUAAUCUGAGUUUUCUUCACUCUAAACUGAGGACUAAUAAUAACACACUUACUCCUGAGGGUUGUUGCGAGGGUAAAGUGCGGUCCUAUCUGUGGCCCGGUUUGCAAACCUUAAAGCCAAGCAGAAAUGCAAGUUAUUACGAUCCUGUGAGGAGGAGGGUCUAGAAGGUCUCUCCCGAGGCUAAAGUGAUGAUUCUACAAAAUAGGAACGAGCUCGGAAUCAUGCGGAGUUCCUGAGUAAAAUCAAGGAACACUUGGCUAUGGGUUUCUUUGUGCAUUCUAAGUCUUCAGCUUGUUCUGCCUUCUGGAUGAAAGAGUUAAUGGGUCUGUGGCUCCUUCUCACAGGAAGUGCACCCAGGGCUCUAUGGCGAGUCAGAUACACGAACUCCUCCAUGUGUUUUGAAUGAUUACAUGAUAUGCAAAUGAGUUGAAAUAAGGCGAUCCAGCUGCUGCGGGAGAGCCAGCCAGAAGCCUCAGUCAUCGCUGGGCUCCAGAGGAGUGUCUGCCCAUCCAGGAGAAUGGAACAGAACAUAACUUGUGGCAAAUGGCUGGGAGCAGAAGCAGUCCUAGAAAAAUACUUCCUUCCUACCUUCUAUUCCAUUGAGUUUGUUGUUGGCCUCCUUGGGAACACAGUUGUUGUUUUGGGUUAUCUCUUCUGCCUGAGAAAUUGGAAAAGUGGCAACAUCUAUCUCUUCAACCUCUCCCUUUCUGACCUCACCUUCCUAUGUACCCUCCCUGUGUUGGUGGGAGGGUAUGCCAAUGGGAAUUGGACAUAUGGCCCUUUCCUAUGCAUAAGUAACAGGUACUUGCUCCAUGCCAACUUGUACACAAGCAUCCUUUUCCUUACCUUCAUCAGCAUCGACCGUUACCUGCUCAUAAAAUAUCCCUUCCGAGAACAUUUCCUGCAAAAGAAAGAAGUUGCUAUCUUGAUCUCGGUGGCAAUCUGGAUUUGGGUGACUCUGGAGCUUCUACCAAUCCUCAUCUUCAUUGAUCCAAACAUAGGAAACAAUGGCACCACUUGUAAUGACUAUGCAAGUUCUGGAGAACCCAAAUACAACCUUCUCUACAGUGUGUGUCUGACUGUUCUGGGAUUCCUCAUUCCUCUCUCUGUCAUGUGCUUCUCUUACCUGAAAAUCGCCUUUUUCCUAAAGGCGAGAAGCAGACAACUCACCACUUCUCUUCCCCUUGAGAAGCCUCUCCACUUGGUCAUCAUGGCGAUGGUGAUAUUCUCCGUUCUCUUUACCCCAUACCACAUCAUGCGCAAUGUGCGGAUAGCUUCCCGCCUUGAGGUCUGGAUGCGGACUAGAUGCACACAGGUCAUCAUCAACUCAAUUUACAUUAUGACCCGACCCUUAGCCUUUCUGAACAGUGUGAUCAACCCUCUUUUUUAUUUCCUAAUGGGAGAUCACUUCAGGGAUAUGUUGGUCAGUCAAGCAAGGACCUUCUUUAAAUGCUUUACAACCUUUAGAAGGUGACCUCACUGGUCAACUAAUGACAGCCUUCAAGGACAUGCAGGAUUUUCCUUUCUUUAGGUGGAUAAGUUUUGUUUCCCUGAUAGGGAAACAUGGAUUGUUGGCUUGUUCUCUCUACUCCAGGGCUUCAGCUCUUCUCCCUGACACACUGAUCAGUUACCCUUUUGUCUCUCUAAAAUCGAGAUUCAUCUCUUAAAUACCAACACUCUUGUGGAAAUGUUAAAUAGGUGUGAUUCAGGGAACUCUACUGUCUUUGAAGACAUGAAAUUGCAGGGAAUAGGGAAAUCGAGAGGCACACAUGGUGGAUAAUGCAGCACAGUAUGUUCAAGGAAUGGGGAAGGAAGAGAGGCAUAUGGGCAUAUGAAUGCCACCAAAACAAUAGAGGUGGGAAAAAAGGUGAUUGACUAUUCCUGUGGAGAGAAGAAGAAGUAGACCAUCCAUGGCCUCCAUUAGUAUCCUCAUGAGACUCCUCCAUACCCCUCUGGCACAUUGGGCCAUCUCUCUCUGGCAAAACUUAUGGGAUCAUAUUGGAUGUGCAGUCACAGAGGGGUUCCAAUCAGUAUCACUGGAGGGAACAAGCAAAUUGGUGAGAUCACAGAUGCACGGGAAAACUCUUGGUUCCACAUGAAGAAAUAUGAUUUCAGCAUGUGUAGAGAGUCAAAAAUGGACUUCACUAUGUGCUGUUUAUAUUUUCCCCUCUGUUCAUGAUCCAAAGGACAUUAGUAUGGGCAACAUUUUUAGUAUUUUCCAGACACUUAAGAUCGUAGGAAGGCAGUAAUAAGUCAACAAAGCAACCUUGAGUCAGUGGUUGUGGCUUAGUCUUGUUAUCACAGUUUGUAGCAAGGGUGAAGCUGGCAGAUUGAGCAGGACCAAGGGCUUCUGGUUUGCCACAGACUAUAGCAACUGGGUGUCCAUAGGAAGUCCAGCUCUAGUAUGGGAAGCCCUUUGGUGUUGGGGGACUGAACUGGCUAAUCUCAGAAAAACAAUGUUUUCUACUAUCAGUACUGGAAUUGGGUCUAUGAGUGGCUAAUAUACUCCCAGCUCUAAUCAAGUGGAGAAACAUAAUCCAAAUGAAAAUAAAACACAAUAUAUCAAA